AUCCCCACCCCCCACCCCCCACACAGAAAUCCCAACGACGCAGAAAGAUGGCAGCAUUCCCAGAAAACGAGCACCCAAACAAGGCUUUUGGCUGGGCUGCCAGAGACUCCUCAGGGAUUCUCUCUCCUUUCAGUUUCUCCCGCAGAGACAGUGGGCCUGAUGAUGUAACAAUCAAGAUACACUAUUGUGGUGUUUGUCACUCUGACCUACACAGCGUGAAGAAUGAUUGGGGUUUCACAAAAUACCCAAUUGUGCCUGGGUUAUUUUGGUCGGAGUGUAAUGAACCAACUCAUCUAGAAUUUAUUGCAAAAGCGGAGUGUUUUGUGGAGGGUCAUUAGAAAUCAGAAACUGGCAUGAAAUUGUAGGGAUUGUUACCCAGACAGGGAGUAAUGUUCAAAAGUUCAAAGGUGGUGACCGGGUUGGGGUUGGUGUGAUAGUGGGUUCCUGCCUGACAUGCCACAUAUGUGACAAAGAUUUGGAGAGUUACUGCCCUAAAAAGGUAUUCACCUACAACUCCAAGGAUCAAGAUGGCCGCAACACAUAUACAUAUGGUGGUUAUUCUGACAAGAUUGUUGUUCAUCAACACUUUGUGCUUCGCUUCCCAGAUAAGCUGCCUUCUCAUGCUGGUGCUCCUUUGUUAUGUGCCGGGAUCACCGUUUAUAGCCCAAUGAAAUACUACGGGAUGAUGGUAGAGCCAGGGAAGCACCUUGGUGUGGCUGGAUUUGGUGGGCUUGGUCAUAUUGCAGUGAAAUUGGGAAAGGCAUUUGGGUUGAAAGUGACUGUCAUCAGUACAUCCCCAAAUAAGGAAGAUGAGGCUAUUAACAAACUUGGAGCUGAUUCCUUCCUUGUCAGUACUGAUUCUGCCCAAUUACAGGCUGCUGCAGAUACAAUGGAUUUUAUUAUUGAUACUAUCGCCGCGGUUCACCCCUUAGCCCCGCUGCUCAAUUUGCUGAAAUUGGACGGUAAACUUGUGACAGUUGGCUUGCCUGAAAAACCUCUUGAAUUGCCAGUAUUCCCUUUAGUUGCAGGUAGGAAACUUAUAGGGGGGAGUGACUUUGGAGGCAUUAAAGAGACACAGGAAAUGUUGGAUUUUUGUGCAGAGCACAACAUAACUGCAGAUGUUGAGGUGAUCCGAAUGGACUACAUCAACACUGCCAUGGAACGACUCGCCAAGUCUGAUGUCAAGUACCGUUUUGUCAUUGAUCUCACCAACUCCUUCCACUGUAAUUUGUGAAAGCUAUCGUUACUUUUAUAUUCUAUCAUGUUUAACGAUAUACAGUGAAUGGGAAGUUGAAAUACAUUUUGACGCAAUGAAAUAUGAACUGUGGGCAGUGAGUUUCAGCAAGCUCAAAGAGUAAGAAUAAUGUAUUCAUUACAAAAAAAA